ACAGUAAUUAAACUGAUCGGGUGAAAUGUCAGCAUCUCUGGAACAGCUGCGGCUAAAAUAGCUGCUCCGCUCAUCUCUCACACUCCCUCCUCUCACACCGGGACCACACCGGGACCACGGCGGGCUGCAUGUGGCCGGACUGGCAGCGACAGCAGCCUCGAGAGGGAGAAGAGAAAGAAAGAGGAGAGGAAGAAGGAGGAGAGGAGGAGAGGAGCCAGCACACAAACAAAUCAGAAAUGAUUCGGCUCCUCGCAGCUCUGAUUCUCUCCGCUGCUGAAAUUGAAGCUUUUGCUUAGCUCUCUCCUCCUCAUCCUCUCCUCCUCUCCUCCUCUUCUACUCCUGCUCAUCCUCCCCUACUCCUUCUCAUCCUCCCCUCCUCCUCUCCUCUCGUCUGAGCGGUCUGUAGAGGACGGUCUGAGGGGAACCAUGUUGAUAUGAGGGGACAUGUUUCUGAUGAGUACCUAGAGGUAUACAAAUGCUCUCCGUCCAGCCGGACACCAAGCCUAAAGGCUGUGCCGGCUGUAACCGGAAGAUCAAGGACCGCUACCUGCUGAAGGCACUCGAUAAGUACUGGCACGAGGACUGUCUGAAGUGUGCCUGCUGCGACUGCAGACUGGGAGAGGUGGGCUCCACACUCUACACCAAGGCCAACCUCAUCCUGUGCCGGAGAGACUACCUACGGUUGUUUGGUGUAACAGGUAACUGUGCGGCGUGCAGUAAACUGAUCCCCGCCUUCGAGAUGGUGAUGAGGGCCAAAGAGAACGUGUAUCACCUGGACUGCUUCGCAUGCCAGCUCUGCAAUCAGAGGUUCUGUGUGGGAGACAAGUUUUUCCUGAAGAACAACAUGAUCCUGUGUCAGACAGACUACGAGGAGGGGCUGAUGAAGGAGGGAUACGCCCCCCAGGUCCGCUGACCCCAACAGACCCUCACAGACCCCCACCGAGGAGGAGGAGAUGGAGGAGAUGGAGGAGGAGUUGGAGGAGAGCUCCUAAUCAAACUUAAAGCACUACAGCCUCCUCUCCUGGGGCUGGAUGCCCCCCCGCCUCAUCAUGUACAUAUCCUCCCUGAGGACUCUGCUGUACAGAAUAGAGACCCUGAGGGGGGGGGGGGGGGCACUGAGAUGAAGAUACAGUUUGUACAGUUCUGUGUGAGAUGUCUGUAAGCUCCAGACUCAACCACAACCCCCCCCCCCCCCUUUUAAAAAAAAACUGGACCAGUCCCACAGCGCCUCUUUGGACCUGAGGAGGACUCAUCAGACUGUCAUCAUGUUUCUACUGUGUCCCAUUAAAACCCUGAAUGUAUGUGGUUUCACUGCAGGUUCCUCUGUUGUUCCUCUGCAGGUUCCUCUGUGGUUCCUCUGUGGUUCCUGUGUGAUUCUUCUGCAGGUUCCUCUGUGGUUCCUUUACAGGUUCCUCUGUGGUUCCUCUGUGGUCAAGACGGAGAGUUCGUACGCUCUGCAUGUUUCUGCUGGUCACCAUCAUCCAACUGAAUUCUGGUUCAAAUCUGGGGACAGGAUGUUGUUCUGGUCUUACUGGUCUCACUGAUUUUGAGAGGGUGGGGGAGGGGUAUGUUGGGGUGUGUAAACUUUUGUAAACUAUUAUUUGCUAAGUUUUGGGUCCACCUCUCGUCCUGCUCUGGUGGACUCGCUUACUUGAAUCAGACUCAUUUGUUUGUCUUAAAGUCGGCUGCUGUGGUUUUAAACAGCUCCAGGUUCUGCAGCAGGUCACACAUCUGAAGCCCCCCCCCCUCUCCCCCCUGUGAGGUCAUGUUUCCACCAGAGGUACCUGAUACCUGUAGUUCCAGGAACUGACACGUCAGUGGAUCAUAAAGCUGGUCCUGUGAGGUGUCUCAGGUCCUGCUGCUGAGUCACAUCUUUUAGGUUUGAUCUACGGUGGCUGAUAAAGAUAAACACGCUGCAGAGAAACAGGAAGUACUGAAACAUCCAGAAAUACAACUUCAGGAACGAGCUGGAAAUAAAAACAGAACUCUGUGAUCUCAGACGAAUGAAGCAAAGACAUGAACAAACACAGGAAACAUGCAGCAGGAAACCACAGAGGAUCCCUCCCUGCGUCAGAGGUCUGCAGGCCUGUAGGGGGCGCUGUUAAUCUGAAUGUUCCAGCUGAUUAAGUGUUGAGGUUUGCAGAGUGUUGGCUCCUGUCAGCUACUGUACUCACAGAGGAUCAUUUCUACGCUGGAGAAGAGGAACUCUUCUUCUUUUGUAAAUUUUGGUGUACAUUAAAGAAAUAUUCUUUUGCUUGCUACUGCACAUGAUUUCUUUUUCAGUGUCAUCCAGCAUGAGAUGUUUAUUUUUAGGACAACUCCUGUAAAUACUGUACUGUAAUAAUUUUAAGCACAAAUGUAAUACAGUUUUAUUGUGUUA